AUGGAAAGCGAGUUGAGCUUCCCACCGGGGACUUCCCGCCUUCUAAGCCACUCUGAAAUUGUUCUCGUUCCAACACCCUCACAAGACCCCAACGAUCCGCUGAACUGGAGUAAACGGAGAAAAGCAUGGAACUUCACCCUCGUCCUCGCCGUCACGGUCGCAUUCUUCUCAGCCAUCGUCAUGCAGGUCGUCCUCUGGCAGCAAAUGAUCGUCGACAUGGACGUAACCUACGAAGAGCUCAACUACGGGGUGGCCUUCAACGCCGCCGGCCUAGCCCUCGGAAGUUUCCUCUUCAUCCCCCUAGCGAGGAAAUACGGCUCUCGACCAUGCUAUAUCCUCUCCACUGGUCUUAUGGCUGGCGUUUCCUGGUGGAGCGGCUAUAUGCAUACUGUUGAAGAGAUGUACAUCACCAAUUUCCUGUCAGGACUCGCCGGGUCCGUCAACGAGACUAUUUCCGAGAUCACGAUCGCGGAUCUUUUCUUCGUGCAUCAGCGCGGUACUGCCAACGGUCUUUACAUCAUCGCCGUCAUGCUCGGCCAGUUCGUCUGCCCCUCCAUUGUGGGCGUGCAAGCCGAAGCGCAGAAUUGGCGAUGGACGUACUACACCACCGGAAUAGUCCUCAGUGUUCUUUUUCUGCUGUUUGUGCUUUUCUUCGAGGAGACAAAGUUCAUUCCUGUGUCGAUUGGCCAAACUAGGAAUGACUGCUCCAGCCAAGGCACCACUGAUGCUCCCAAGUGCAAGGAUGGCUCUGCUGUCAAGGGACACAUUCAGAACUCUGAUCAAGGCUCUGAGGAGCUUCCUCCUAGACUUUCUUACAAACAGCGCAUGCGUCUUAUCACACGCACCGAUGAACCGCUGUGGAGAAACUACCUCGUGCCGCUGAAGAUGUUCCUCUUCCCACACGUCAUCUUCUCAGCCAUCCAAGUCGCCAGCUGCGUCGCCUUUCUCAUCCUCCUCACCUCCACCAUCUCGAUGGUCUUCGCCGCACCGCCGUAUAAUUUCAACACAGCUGGCGUUGGACUGAUGUCUCUGGGCCCUUUUGUCGGUAACAUGUUCGGUAGCCUUUACGGUGGUCUUCUGGGUGAUUGGGUGGUUGUGCGGUUGGCCAAGAGAAACAAGGGUAUUUUCGAACCCGAGAUGAGGCUGUAUAUCCUUCUCCUUCCGGCUUUGCUUAUGGGCGCUGGGUUGAUCCUUUUUGGUGUUUCUGCUGAUAAGGGCUGGCAUUGGAUAUACCCCAGCAUUGGCGGUGCGCUUUUCGGCUUUGGAAUGGCGUCUAUGAUUGAUAUAUCAUGCACGAUUGUUAUCGAUAUCUACCAAAGUUUGACCGCCGAAGCUUUCAUCGCCGUCACAUUCAUCCGCAACGUCCCCUGCAUUGGUGUCCCAUUCGGCAUCGUCGGUUGGACCGAGUCCAUUGGUGUGACAAAGCUUUACGUUAUAAGUGGUUGUGUAGCCACGCUUGUGUGUCUGUUGUUCAUUCCUUGUGCUAUCUGGGGACGGCGUGUCCGACAGAAUACGUGGCAGAUGUUUGAGUCGGUGGUAGAGCUCAAGGGACAAACCAGACACUGA